AUGAAUGUACUAAUCCAGGGAGCUGUCCAAGCUCUCGGCUACUGUGAGGAUGGCAAAUAUUUCCGAGAACCAGAUUGUUAUGAAACCAUCCGUGACCUAAUUCGAUAUUUACGAGAAGAUGGCGAGGACUACGGCGCUCGAAUCGAAUGCGGACGGCAUAAUUUGAUCGAACAGGAUUUGGUGCCAAUGGUGAAGUGUGAGGAUUUGAGUGAUGACGAAUUUGACAUCGCUAUUAGACUAAUGGUGAAUCUGUGCCAACCAGCCAUCUCCACAAUGCGCGGAAAGCCUCCGACAGAUCGCGAUCAAUGGAAGAUGUAUUGGGAACUCGAGGAAAACCUCCGUCGCGCUAAAAACGCCUUCACCGACGCCUACUUCUUCGUUGCCAUCAAGAAAAGAAUCGACGCCUACUUCAUCGAUACCGAUUUCGACGAUCGUGAUGAACGUCUUCGACUGGUUGUGGAGAGAAUCGUUUCACUCAUCAAAUACAUCUUCUCAAUCAAUCCAGACACUUCAGAAGGCCGCAGAACUCGCAUUGAGGAUAGUAAUCAUGACAGAGUGAUUCUGGCGUUUCUCGAGUCUGGAAUUGAUAAGACCUUGAUGCAUAUCGCCAAUCAGCCCAGAGAAAAAGAGUUCCAUAUUACUAUCCUGGACAUUUUUGCGCUGAUUUUAAAGGAGCAGAGUCCAGAAUGCCUCUCUAAAUCGGAAGACGAAUCCGAAAUUUCUGCAGCCGAGAAGAAGAAAACGGAGGAAGAAUUCAGGAAAAUCAUUGAGAAUCAUGUUGUUCGAGAGACCCAAAAGAGGAAAUCGUUCUCCAGAUUCGGGGGAUCUUACACCAUCAAAGGGCUAAAAGGAAUUAGCUCUAAUUCGAAUCAAGUGGUCUUCAAGCCCAUUCAAAAUGUUGAAAAGCACAAUUUUCUCGAUGAAAGGAAGGCUAAAAAGCGAGUUGCUAGGAAUCGAAGACCUUUUGAAAUCGACACCAACACUCAUUUUGCAUCUAGUGAGGUUCAAAAAAUGCUCAAGGAUAUGGUUAUUCGACUCAUUGAAACAUGCUUCAAUCGACUGAUGAAAAGUGCAAAAUCGACGGUUUUCGUUCAAGGACAUGUUAUUCAUAAGACAUCCCAAAUCAACUAUUUCUUCAUGAUGGACACGCUUCUGGAGAGAAUCUCUGAGUGCACAGGUAUGGAAGCCUUCCACGAGAACAACGUCCAACUCACUGAAUACGUGGAGAAUGCCAUGACCUUGAAAGGCGUUGAAGCCAAAAGUUUCGGCCUAAAAGCCCAAUACGCCCUAGGAGCCUACAACGAGCUAGUCCUCCUUCACAGAUAUAUUGUGGAGCAUGGAAAGGAUGAAUCAGAGAAGAAGAGGGCUCGAAGAGCACUGGAGCACAUUACCAACGUCGAGGAGUACCGAGAGCUACCCAUCUCUAUUAUCAAGAAGUUUUCGAGUACGGUACUUUCGAAUAAUUUCCUGAGAGAACUUGUACUAACCACCCAUCACUAUAUCAAGCUUGUGGAGCGAUUUGUGAAAGUUGGAGCGUUGAAAAAGGUCACGAAGAAGGUGAAAAUUCGGAAGAAUCAAAAGAAAAUCGUGGAGGAAAAUGAUGAGAGAUCCAUCUUCGAUAAAAUGUCAUCAGAGGCUUUGGAUGCGUUAUGGGAGGAGUCUAAGGAUACGAUUCUUCAAAUUCUGAACGAGGAGAUUCCAGAGAUUCAAGGAAUGAAGCCAAUCGAUUCUCAGCUAGAAGGGAUCAAUGAAGAAACUCAGAAGAAGUUUGCGAAGCUAGCAAUUCAGCGAUCGCUAAGAGCUAGAGGAUUUCCAGCGGCUGUUGGGCUGUAUCAUGCUUCUAGAAAAAUCUGGGACGAUGGAAGUUUUGGAACUGACAGUGCUAAGUCUGAGGGAGAACUAGAAAACCUUCACAAGAUUCUAAAGCUCGACCUCAAGAAAGUGGCAAAUGCACUGAGAAGAGCAGAGGCUAAAAUCGUUCCUGAGAAUGAACGAGUUGAUAAAAUGACAAAAGAGGCAUUGGAGGCAUUUUGGGAGGACCCGAAUACCCUAGAAACCCUCCAAGGCAUUCUAAACAAGGAGAUCGCAGAGGCAGAAGACGCGAAUCCCCUAAACUGGCAGUUAGAUGUCGCUCCACAAGCUCAACAGCAAUUCGCAAUGCUCUCUAUCCAAAGAGCUCUCCGAGCCAACUACUUGCCUUUGGCUAUCGGUUUGUACCACUCCUCCAGAAGGCUCUGGCCCGAUGAGGACUUCUUUGGAAAGCCAGAAAUCACUGUGAAAGAGGAAAUCAGCGAGUUGGAGGGUAUUCUGAAGGCAGAUUUAGGAGAGGUGGCGAAGGAGAUGAAGGCGGCGGAGGAGGAGGCGAAUAAGAAGUUUGAUGGAAGUUUAGAGGAAGAAGGAGACGUGAUGAAUUCUGAAGAUGAGGACGAUGAGGAAAAUAGAUAUAAAACCGAGGAAAUUGACUUCCAAUUUGACUUGUAUGUCUCCAAAUUUGCCAACGUGGACGUCCUCAAAUGGUACGUCUUCUUGCUCAACGACUUCUCAAAAAACUCAGUUGAACUCAACCAAGCGCUCGUCAAGAUGCUCCAUAGAAUCGCCUUCGACAUUAAGCUACCAGUGAAACUUUAUCAAGUUUCACUAUUUCAAAUCUUCCAAAAAGUCAACGAACACUUUUCGCACCUCUCCAAAGAGCUUCGCAAGACGAGCCCACUCUUUGAAUUAUAUCAAUUUGGGUUCCAUUUGCUCAAAAAGUUCUUUGCGAAAUUCACGGAAAUGGGAGCGGAUUUGGCAGUUGAGGCGUUGUUUUGGAAGGGACCUAAGGAGUGUUAUGAGAUUGAUAAUGGGUAUGGAUCGUAUACGAAGGCAAGGGAAGCAGAUAUCAAGGUUUGGACGGAAGAGUUGGAAACGGAGUUGAGGAAUUUGUAUGAUGAGUAUAAGUCGGUGGAAGGGGAAGGGGGAGUCGAUGUGCUCGAUUUCAUUCAACACAGCCUGUCCCGCUCCAGACAACGCAAACAAAUCGCCAAAAAACUGAUUGAAUUCGGUUUGGAUCUUCUUGGAGCGAAAUGGAAGAACACUGAAGGCUCCCGAAUGGACGCCGUUCUCCCCGUCGGCGAUAUUCAGAAGUGGCACGAUGAAUGGAAGGAGGCUGGAUCCGUUGGAGACGUUGUGGAGGUCCUGAAGGAGAAGUUGACGGAAUCACUGGGUUCGGAAAUUUCCAGAAAGAAGAUUAUCAAGCAAUUGGCACACAUGGAUAUUCUUUACGAGAAACCGAAGAAGGAGAAGCCGUUGCCGGAAUGGGAUAGCGGGUUGAUUGAGGAGUUGACGGGGCUCAAGGAGCAGUAUGAGGAGAUUGAUGAUGCGGAGAAUUUGUUACCAGAACACCAAUACAAAGUUUCUUUUCCAGUGGGCGUCGACAUGGUUGCCUACGUGAUGAAGCGUCUGAGUGUGAAGAAGCCAACACGACAAGUGGAACGAUAUCUUGCGUCGAUGGGGGUGAAAAUCGUAGAGAGAGUUGCUGGAAAAUCAAAGAAAAAGAAGGAAAAAUAUGAGCAAUUUAUAAACGACUCCAGUGACGAUGAGCAACCGCCAGUGGCUUCAGAUGCAGCUUCAGACGGAGAAGAUGACGCUGAAAAUGACGAUGGAUUGAGGAGACCAGAGCCAAGUUCCUCGAAAAAACGAGUGAUUCUGGAGUCGGAUGACGAGGAGGAGGAGGUCCCGAGAGUUCCAACGCCGUCGGAGAAGCCAAGAGAAAAAUCAGCUGAGCAAUCGGCUCCAAGCCCACCCAAAACUAACACCCUGAUGUCUAGAAUCAUGAACAAGAAGCGAAAAAUCACCCAAUUGGCAAGUGAUUCGGAUUCUAGUGAUAGCGAGGAUGAGAGUCAAGAGAGGAUAGAGAAAAAGAAGGCAUCGGAGGAUGAUAGCGAUGAUGAGGCGGCGAUUUAUAAGGUGAACUAUCUGAAAUUUGGCACAGAGCCAAGUUUUGGGAGCGUCGCGUGUCGGCGGAGCGGUCGGCAGCUAAGUAGCGGCUCAGCAGCGCUUACAUGUGUAGGAAAAUAUAGAAGCUACGUCAACGCUCUUCUGACGACUGGAUCGGUGGCUGCUGGUGGAAUUUCAGACGACCGUGACACUUCUGAAGAGCCGGAUGAGGAUCCGUUCACGAAGAAGAUGAAGUACAAGAGGCGAAUCGUCAUGUCGGAUAAUGAGGAUGAGGACUAG